CCUGGGUGAAGCAGUCCUGCAGAGUUCACACAACAGGUUGCUCAAAUGUUUCUUCCCUGAUUUUUUUACACUCCCCCUUCCUGCCACCAGGCCUGCAAGUGAUGUUUUCAGCCACAGCCAAGACGAGGACCGUUGCAACAUCGCCUUGAAAGAUCCCGACCCUAAAUUAACAAGAGGAAACUUUCCAGAGAGGGUGGGAGCAGCCUGUGUGUGACUGGCAUGUGUUCCAGAGAUGCAGGCCGUGCCAGAUUGCUUCUGAGCUUAGCUACUUGGACCCUUUCCUUGGGACUCUCCAAGCAUCCCCCCACACUAUGACAUUCGCCGAACUUCUUGACCGGCUUGGGGGGACGGGCCGCUUCCAGGUCCUUCAUGUGGCCCUACUGGUGAUCCCGGUCUUACUGACGGCCAGUCACAACCUUCUCCAGAACUUCUCAGCCGCCAUCCCUGAACAUCACUGCCAGGUCAGGCUUCUUGGCAACAAUUCACAUCCGCAUACAAACAGGACUCUGGAGCCUGCAACGGACGAGGAUCUUCUGUGGAUCUCCAUUCCCAAAGAUCAGGCCGGUAAGCCAGACAAAUGUCGGCGGUUUGUCACGCCACAAUGGCAUCUUCUGAACUCAAGCACCGCUGAUGCCAACUGGACUCAGGCAGACACCGAACCAUGCCAUGACGGAUGGAUCUACGACAAAAGCAUUUUCACCAACACCAUCGUUAUGGAGUGGGAUCUGGUGUGUAACUUGAGGACCAGGAGACAGAUGGCCCAGUCUAUUUACAUGGGAGGAGUGCUGGCAGGCGCUCUUGCAUUUGGAAGUUUAGCGGACAGGUUUGGGAGAAAAUCAGUGCUUAGCUGGUCCUACCUGCAAAUGGCAGUUUCUGGCCUGUGCACAGCCUUCUCCCCAACUUUCACUGCCUAUUGUGUGUUUCGCUUCUUGGUUGGCAUGGCGCUCUCUGGGAUUAUCCUGAACUGCAUGUCUCUAGUCCUUGAGUGGGUACCGACCAAAGUUCGGACUGUUGCUGGAACUGUGGUGGGCUACUCUGCAACCAUCGGGCAAAUCAUCCUUCCUGGACUGGCCUAUGCCCUCCCCGACUGGCGUUGGCUUCAGUUUGCUGCUUCCAUGCCUUUUUUUGCUUUCUUCAUCUAUUCCUGGUGGUUUGCUGAAUCUGCUCGUUGGCUGGUUCUCUCCGGCAAGCCAGAGCAAGCUGUAGAAGUCCUCAAGAAGGUGGCAGAGAUCAAUGGAAAAAAGGAAGAAGGAGAAAAGCUCACAACAGAGGUUUUGAAAUCUAACAUGCAGAAAGAAAUGGCCCUGGCAAAUACUUCCCACACUUUUGUCAGCUUGGUCCGAACGCCCACCGUACGCCGGAUCUCGUGCUGCAUUUCCAGUGUUUGGUUUGCUACUAGUUUCUCCUACUACGGCCUCGCCAUGGAUCUUCAGAACUUUGGUUUCAGCAUCUAUCUGAUACAGGUGGCUUUUGGUUCUAUUGAUAUCCCAGCCAAGCUGAUUGCUGCCAUCGGUAUGAGCUACAUUGGACGGCGAACUACACAGGCUUUGUCUGUUAUUUUGGCUGGCUUGGCCAUCCUGGCCAAUAUAUUUGUACCCCAUGAUCUCCAGACCCUGAGAACAUCCUUGGCGGUACUUGGGAAAGGAUGCCUGGCAUCAUCCUUCAAUUGUCUCUAUCUCUACACAGGAGAACUUUUCCCAACGGUGAUCAGACAGACCGGGAUGGGGCUGGGCAGCACCCUGGCUCGUGUUGGGGGCAUAGUGGCGCCGAUGGUAAGGAUAACGGGGGAAUAUUUCCCAUACCUCCCACCAAUCAUAUAUGGGACGGCCCCGAUCCUGUCAGGGUUUGCUGCCAUCUUCCUGCCGGAGACACGCAACGUGCCACUUCCGGACACCAUCGAAGAUGUUGAGAGCGGAAGGAUACCAGAACAAUGCAUUGCCAAAGGCCAAGAAAAUGUGUUGCUGAGGAAAGUGAGCCAAGAGGUAUCACAAGAUGGCAGACUGUGAAUGACACCAUCAGCUGGGAAUCGCCAGUCUUCCUAAACAGUGUUGAGUGGUUGGUUGGAAAAGCCAGGAGUCACCAUGCAUCGUCAGAGAAAGAUUCCACCUGGGCCACUCAAGUUGACCCCCAAUCCAAACCAAAUAUCACAACAAUUUGGCUUGCUAUUAUUACAAUUAAAAAAUCAGUGUGUCCA